AUGGACUUCCAGAAGCCGGGGGAACCAGCAGCAGCAGGAGCAGCAGGAGCAGCAGUAUUAGCAGUCGCAGCAGAACUAGCAGCAGCUGGAGGACUCAACAAGGGCAGCGGCCCCAGCAAGGAGCCCAUGCCUGUGCCAGCAGCAGGAGCAGGAGCAGCAGGAGCAGCAGGAGAGGCAGCCGACUCGUUGCUGCUGCAGCAGCUCAACCGCCCAGCCGCAGCAGCGCUGCUGCAGCCGAGGCGAGAAGGAGAUGACAAGAGAGGCAACACUGCGAACAAUUGA